AUGGUGACAUUCAACAAGAUUGUUCGUCGUAUCACCGAAACUCGCUGGUCGAAACUAUACAUUUCAAUGGCGUUAUUGCAAUGCAUAUUCAUCAUUACAUUACAAGCAUCCAUUUGUUCACAAAAUACACUACAAGCUAACUUGCUGCCAGACAUUGGCAAUGAUUCAAGCCUGCUAUUGUCAACAACAUCGAGUGCAGAUACAAUACCUAUAAGAGCAAAAGAUAGAUUGGGCCGCAUUAAAUGGGAAAAUAUUGCAUUUAUGGGAUUUCAAGCAUGGUUUUUUGGCAUGGCAGUCGAUGCAACAGUCUAUCAGAAUACAGCAGAAAUCUUGGUACUUGCCGUGCUCAACUGCUUCUGUGCUAUGCUCGGUGCAUUGGAAGUAGUGGAUGGUGUGAAAUGGCUGAAUCAGUUACAACAAACACAAUAUCCCGUGUGGCCACUGGCCAAUGCAGAAAAAAUGGAGAUUGCAUUAGCUGUCGUUAUUCUGGCAUUUGCCAUUGUCAUGUCCUAUCUCUCCUAUGAAAUGUCCAAGCAGUUUGGCUGGAACAUUUACAAAAAGAUUGGUGCUGAUGUGCGUAUACAAAAGAUGUACAGAAUCUUUCAAUUCUUUGUAUUAGCGCUCAAGAUUGAUAUCUUUACCGAGUUUUUGAUUUCCAUCUUUUACCUCAUUCAAUUUGCCGUCAAAGAAAACGGAACCCAAUGGGAUACAUGGAUCCAACUAGCAGUGACCAUCUUGAUGCUGCCAAUGCUUUAUUUUGCAAGAACGGCUGGAAGCACUGAAAGUGAAGGACGUAUGAUUACCUUUGUCUGCUUUCAAGCGAUUGUCAUUAUUCAUUUUGCCCUGGUGCUGGAUCAAACAUUUCAACCCAAUAACAAUUGGUAUACCUGGAUUACAUUUGUUUGGAUUGGCAUCGCAGUCGAUGUUGCUACCAUGGUGCUGGGGAUCUUGGCCAUGCGUAACUUUGACCAGGGGCUGAAACCCUAUGUACAAAGAGGAGACAAGAAUAAGCAAAAGCACCACGAUUUAGAACUAAACAAGACCAGCACAACGGACACAUGGCAAAUUGAUGAUUAG